AUGACAUUGUGUGUAUCAAGUAAAGAUAGAUGCAGAGCUACAGAAGGUUACUCCGGCAACGUCGAUUCGGCAACUCUGGUGAAGAAACUGGUGAAAGCCGGCAAACACGCCGAGCACUGCUCCCCAAAAUCCAACCAAAACCAGAAACAGAUCAAACCCAAAGAAGACAACAACACCCCCAAAUCCAAGAAACCUCACGUUCCCAAAAACAAACACAGCAACAACGAUGAUCAACAGCGGCAGGAAGAAGACGAGAUGCAGCUGAUCAGAGACAAGAUCAACCACCUCUCCCUCCUCAAGCAGCAGGCCGACGCCGCCGCAGCCAAGCGCAGCAAUGCCGCCAAUUCCAGUGCUAAGAAAAUGAACAACGUCGUUGCCGGUGGUAGUGCUAAUGGUAAGAAGGGGAAUCAGACUCCUAACACGAGCACAAACACGAGCGCGAACAGGUCUGGGAAUGAGUUAAGCACGAUGAUGAAUUUUGCGGGUUUUCAUGGAAACGGAAGUGGGAAUAAUGGGAUGUAUGGGGCUCAGCGACCGAGUAAUUUUAAUUACUCGGUCGCGCCUGGAGGGGAGUAUCCUUAUCAUGUACCGGCCUCGGGGUUUGUGAACUUGCAAGGCCGGUAUGGGGGUUUCCAGCACCAACACCAGCACCAGCAGCAACAGAUGUUGUAUAAUCAGAGCGCCUUUGUGCCUCCAAGCACCGGUUAUUACUAUAACUAUGGGCCGGAGGCGUAUGGCGGCGGUGAUUAUGGUGGUGGUGGUGGUGAUCGUGUGUUUGGUGAUGGGAAUGAAGGGGGUUGUAGGGUUAUGUAG